CUCCAUUUUGUAAGCAUCGUGUCGUCAAUUUGUCGCAAAAUCAUGGCUUUAAAUCGUUUUCAAAAGAAAUCUUUGCGUUUUGGAGUCCAAUUGUACGAGAACUUCAUCCAAGACAAUGGUAACAACUCGGAGAACAUUGUUUUUUCGCCGUUUUUGGUUCAUACAGCUCUGUCUUUAAUUCUAAUUGGAGCUGAAGGUGAAACUCAGGCAGAAAUCGGGGUCGUUUUGAAAUACGGAAAGAAUUGCGCGAAAAUGAUACUUCUUAAACUGUUUCCCGAAAUCUUGCUGAAAAUCAAAAUGGAGUGCGGCUUGAUCAUCAACAAUCAAAUUUUUGUUGAACGCGGACACAAUUUACGCCCCGGUUUUGUUUUUGUCGCUGAAACCUUGUUCGAUACUCCCGUGACUGAAGUGGAUUUCAACAAUAAAGACGCAGCAGUACUAGAAAUCAACAAGUAUGUUGAAAGUAAUACAAAUGGCACCAUCAAAAACGUUAUUUCGCCAGAAGACAUCACACAAUUUACACGAGCCUUC